CAUACGUACAGGCCAGGAACCCACCAGCAACCCUACAAUAACAGAGCAGCUGGCAGAAAUCAACACAUCUCCAGUCCAGGGUUCCGUCCCCAGCAUGCUAAUGUCCCUGUAAUAACAAACCGGCAUGUACCAUCCAGCACAGAAACAAAGCCCGGUGCCCUGCCCAGCAUGUUUGAGAACCCUGCAAUAAUACACUGGCCCGGGAAGAGCGAGGUGCCUGCCCCUGCUCCGUGGAUCCCUGCCUUUCCCUGGGCCCAGCGCCCGGCUCUCUAGCCCCGUGAUACGUAGCUGGCAUCUCCCUGCAGGCUGGCUUGCGGAGUUUCCCUCCAGGUGUCCGCGCCUGCAGCUCUGUGUGUGCGUGUGCACGUGAGUGCACAAAGGAGAGAGGUGACCCUCGUGCCCGGCGUUGCACUAACUCUUUGUUCCCCCCGUGCCAUCUCGUGCCGUGCGGCAGAACUCGGACGCAGUGGUGAAGGUUGACGUGUCGGAAGAGGAGAAGGAGAAGAAGAAGAAGAAGAAGAAGGGCGGGGGAGAGGAGAUAGAGGAGGACGAGCCCGACGAGAGCAUGCUGGAUUGGUGGUCCAAGUACUUUGCCUCCAUUGAGACGAUGAAGGAGCAACUCCGGCAGCAGGAAGCGGCUGCAGCCGAAGCGGAGGAGAAGGAGGAGCUGGAGAUCGCAGAGGAAAUCAAACUUGAUGACUCUCCUGUGAAAGGCUCCAAGAGUCAGGCAAAGGCCAAGGACAAGGUCAAGGCGCCCAAAGAGGACAAGAAGAAGAAGCAGCCGCCGCCGCCGGAGGCUCCGGAGAAGAAGAGCAAACAGAAAAUUGACGAGCUGAAGGUCUACAACAAGGAGCUGGAGGCGGAGUUCGACAGCUUCGAGGACUGGCUGCACACGUUCAGCCUCUUCCGGGGCAAGAUCGGGGACAACGAGGACACGGGGACGGAGGAGGAGCGGGUCGUGGGCCGGUUCAAGGGCUCCAUGUGUGUUUACAAAGUGCCGCUUCCCGAGGACAUCACCAAGGAGGCCGGGUACGACCCCAACUUCGGCAUGUUCCAGGGGAUCCCCAGCAACGACCCCAUCAACGUGCUGGUCCGAGUGUACGUCGUGCGGGCCACCGACCUGCACCCGGCCGACAUCAACGGGAAAGCCGAUCCCUAUAUCGCCAUCAGGCUGGGCAAGACGGACAUCAAGGACAAGGAGAAUUACAUCUCCAAGCAGCUGAACCCCAUCUUCGGGAAGUAA